AUGUGGUGGGAUGACAAUCGAUGUGUUUACACACCCUGCGCGCGUUCUGGCGAAGAUUGGAGCUCUUCAGAAGAGGAGUUUGACGUCAACGCCAUUCAACCGGAAGGUUACGAAGAUGGCGUACUGACGGAGUACACAAAGAAUUGCAACGCCAAAGAUGGUGGCACUACGAUUGACUGCAGGAAGGCCAUCAGGGUCUACAUCGAUGUGAACCCACAUGAGUUGAAGAAGGUUGAUGACCAGAAUGAAGAGUUCAACAUGAUCUUUGUACUGAAGCUAUCUUGGCUGGAUCCAGACCUGAAAAACUUCGAAUCGGAGAUCACUCUUCGACAAGAAGAUGCGGUUGACGAGCCCCAUCUGAAGAAGAAGAAGGUUCUGCUAAAGAAGAAGUACGCAAAUGGCGAUAUCGAGUUUGUGGAUGGUGAGACCAGGCAGACUCGAACGCUUUCAAAGUUGGAGUAUGUAAGCAUGCAGGAUCCAAAGUGGGACGAGUACUUCUUUCCUGAUUUCUCUUUUUUGAACCUGCAAAACGAUGCCUUGCAAACUCUUGAGAAGCGGUCGCUUCUCUGGUGUGGCAAAAUGGGCGGCUUCGUCGCAUACUCCAUGAAGUACUAUGCCACUUUUCAAGAGAGCCUCGAGUUGCAAAAUUUCCCUUUGGAUCGGCACCUCUGCAGGAUCAAGCUGACCGCAGAAAAAUUAAUCGAUGAAUUCCAGUUUGUACCUGUCGUGGGCAGCAAGAAGAUAGCGCAGGUUUGCGACAUGUGGGCUUGCGACAACAGCAUUCAGCAGAAAUGCACGGUGUACGUUCGACACUGUGACAGGUACUUUCCGUUUGAAGCACAGCGCUCAUGUGUCUCGGUCGUCUUCCAUCUUGAGCGGAAAGGUGAUUACUACUUUCACAGCGUGCUGUUCAUGGUUUUCCUGGUGAAUAUCAUCAGCCUCUGCACCUUCUCCAUUCCGCUUGAGGAUGUCAGCGGCCGACUUGGGCAUUUAAGCACCUGCUUCCUGGCUGUCCUGGCAUAUCGUUAUGUCAUCGACGAUUCCUUGCCCCGCAAGGAGUAUCUCACGGCAGCCGAUGCAUACAUCAUCUUUGCAUGCAGCUUCCAGGUGAUCAUCUGCCUUCAGACCGUGUUGCUUGGAUUCCUCGGCAACCUAAUUGAACAUCAAAAUCUGGUUGAUAGAUAUGUUGGAUUGGUUCUGCUCGUAGUUUGGUUGGGUGUGAACUACUAUCUGCGAUAUCUGUGGCAGUCCUCUCACAGACAGAGCUGGCAGACCGUGUACGCGGUCAACCGAGAGCCAUAUGGUCCAAUCAACGAGUGCUCUCAGUGUGGACACAUAUGGCUCUGCAAGCAAUGUCAGGUUUCCAACCCGGACAAGCAAUGCUACAACCAUCCUUUGUGUUCGGGCGCUGGGAAAAGCAUCACAACCAAGUUCUAUACUCCUGAGGAUCGUCCGCCUCUUGUGAAACCACAGCGAUUGCCGUCACCACCUGAGGAGCUAAAAAUGGCAAAGCCACUGGGAUCUACGCCACAGCAAUCCGUCAAGACAUCAAUGUCGCUGUCCCCCACCUCACCUGGAAUGCCUUUGUUAGCCGGAACGCAAAAUUAUAUGUCUUCCGGCUAUGGAUAUUGA